GGAAAAGAAAAAAGGGUUACUCAUAAAUCCAUUCUACAAAGCUUUCCAAACUGAAAUGGGUGGGUUCUCCAUCUCCAGCAGGGAGCAAUAUAUAGGUAGGUGCAGAGCUUACCUGAGCACAGCUCAAACUGGAGUGUCACACUUGAACAGCACAACUCUGCUCCUGGCAUAUUUUAAAACAGAACUCAUCAGGAUGAAGAGGAUGAUUAUUUUCUGCAUGCUUUUCUUCUGCUCCACUAUGGUGCUGACUGCAUCUUCACCCAGAACAUUAAAAUACAAACAGAUUCAGAAGAAAAUUAGAGACAUAGAAAGCAUGGUGAAAGAUAAGGAUGCUGAAUUGCUGCAUACACCAGAAAGCCUUGAGGAGGGAUGCUUGUCCACAGCUGUGACCUGCUUCAAGAAGGGCAUCCAGAAAUUACAACCAGCGAGCAGCCAAGAGAAUGAGGCAUUCGCCAAAGCCGUUAGAAUCGUGAGCAAAUUCACCUACAAAGACCCUAAAGAGCACUGUGAGUUUACGUGUGAAUCUUAUGAGAAGAAAACCCCCAAAGAAUUUUUGAAGGGCUUUGAAAAUCUAAUGAAAAUGGUAAGCAGAAUUCAUUCCUCCUGAGUGCUUUCUGACAUUUUAAAAACCAUUACAGAUACCCUUAUUUUACAUCCUUACUAACAAUGUUUUGUUUUUACAGCUAUUCAAGAACUAAUCUAGGACACACCAGAGCUGAAGGCCACUGAAAAUAUUUUUUUUUUAAAGCAGACACUAUGUUAUAUUUAAGAUGUGAAAAAUGUAAAAAUACUUCCCAGUGCUACUGUGAUGUAUUCUCUGUGUGUAGUAAGUGAAAACUUCUCCCAAAUUAUUAAGGAGUCUUAUUUGGAUGGGUAUUUGUCAGAUGGAUGCUAUUUUGUAAAUGAUUCUAGCUCCACCUUACAGGGAAAAUGAAAUUGUAAUUUCACAAAAACAGGCUCUUCUAAGGGUCUUAACUGUCCCCCUUCUGCUGAACUAGAAAUACAUGAGAUGGUUACUUUUGUAUUUUUGCUUUGAUCUUAACUGAAUUCCAUGCAGAGAUUUCUGCAACUAUUUUAAGAAAAUUAACAGAAAAAUUAUCAGGGGCUUUGAAGCCUCAAAGGAAUCUGCUUGGGCUGAUUUCCUUAUUUACAAUAAUACCACACACAGAGUUUUAUUUAUAAAUUCUUAGAUUGCAUCUUAGCUAACUAUGGAAAAAUGUCCUGCACUUAACUGCCUUCUCAAUACUGGAAAAAACAUUUACAAAUCAUACUGUAUGUCUGUGAUUAACAUCUUGAAGCUAAUGGCACAUUUGCCAUGGGAUUCAAUAGAGAGAGAUGUAAGCCACAUGCUCCAAGUGGAGAUACAGGAUUCUGAGGGGAAAUCCUGUUUCAGAAAAAUGGAAUUUCGUUUACACUGCCCCAGCUUAACAUGAUAAAUA